AUGCACACGGCCUCCACCACGGCACCCGGCAUCAAGCCCGGCGGCCUCGCCUCCUCGAAAUGGGCUUCCACGACCUCCCCCGCCUGGUCCUCCCGCGGCACCCCGACCUACACCCCCCGCGGCAGCAGCAGCAGCAGCAGGAACAACAGCAGCAGCGCCGUCGGUCCCCGCGCGACGUCCGUCAUAACCCCGGCCACGCAGUGGUGGGAGACACCCAACCCAGCGCCCAAGCUGCGCGACCCUGCCGCCGCGACGUCCGCAGCGGCACCAUCCACAGCGACGCCGGCGGCAGCAGCCCCGACGACGGCGCCGCCGCCCCCAGCUGUCGGCCGCCCAGGGGGAGCUCCGCCGCUACGUCCAGAUCGGUGCGCCGCAUGGAGGUGGAAAGCUGCCCUACCCUGCGGGACGGGCUACCGGCCGGCGCCCCUGAACCCGCGAGGACGACGCCCGAGCCCAUGUUCCAAGCCUCGAACUUUUAACAAGUACUACAUGCCUCCUUCGAACGCCGCCCUCGUCCACCUUUCUCGGGCGGCACCGGCCGCCGGCGCCAAACGGCACGCACCCGCUACCCCAGAAACGUGCUCGCCCGCGCACGAGAGGGCCGACAAUUCGCUGCGCGCGGCGCUGGGGACCGGCGACGUCCGCGUCUUCCUCGGCCGGGCGAAGGAGCUGAGGAACCGGUGGAAGUAUGCCGAGGGUGACGAGCCUUCGACUGCCCAGCAGCCACCAUUACUAAAGGGACCCACGAGGGGCAGCAUCACGGGGCGGGCGCCGCUCGAGAGCUACGAUCUCGACUCGAUGUUUGGGCACAUUUUCGGCGGCUUCGAUCAGGGGUACGGCAUUGCCGAGGCGUGGGUCGCCGAGCUCGCGAGCCGGGCCGACAUGGUGCCCGCUGCUGCCGCGGACGGGGCGGCGGGCGCCGACAUGGCCAUCGACGACGACGAGGAGUUUGACUUUAUGGUGGAUGCCAUGGACUGGGAGGCUGUUUAG